AUGGAUAAGAAUGACUUGGAGCUACACUAUCAAAGAAUGUCCAAAAGAUUCUACCUAAUUGGGGGAGUAGAUGAUCCGAACCUAAAGCAAGCCUUCUUGGCGUCCAUCCCAGAACCGCUUGGCGAAGAGACGUUCAGACUCCUCUCAGCAAAUGGCAGAACAUUACAGAACACAACUCUUGGUGAGCUAUUCCAGACAAUAAUGAGAGCACUAGAAAAAAUGUGCUCCCAGAAUAAAUUCCUACAGGAAUACAUGAAGCAAACGAAACAGCUCGAUAAGGUGUGCAGUCCAAGAGAUCUAACAAUCAAAUGCUCAACUAAGUCCUCCUGUUCCUGCGAAAGGCCAAGCUAUGGUGGGAAGAGAUACAAAAGCAGGUCAUUCAAACCAAGGACUCCAUGGAAAUUUCUCCGAAGGAAAAACAGACCAGGCAAGUCUUCUAAUAGAUGUUUCUUGUGCGGACAGAAAGGGCACUUUGCCAAGCAAUGUCCAAAAGGCAAAACGGCAAAGAUGAUAUCACACAUCCAGGAUGUAACAGGAGUAUCCCUCUCAGACGAUGAUGUCGAAUCCGUGUUCUCUAUAGAAGAUGAAAUCUCCCCGUAUACUGUCUGUGCAUUACGACCAUUCUCCCACUCAGACGACGAUAGUCCAGGGGGCAUCUUCAAAAUGAAUGCCAUAAAUUCUGUUCAACCCAUCCCUAUGGAAAAAAUGCAAAUCAUCCCAACAAAAUACUCCAAGCCAAUCAAGGUGGCUGCCUUCUUUGAUACUGGAGCCUCCUACACCAUCAUGAAUCCUGAUAUUCUACCACCAGAAUUUUGGAAGAAAAAGAAGCAGUACUUCCACGCAGCAAAUAACCAAAUUUUCUGCACGGAACUAAUCAGCAGGCCCAUCAAGCUGCAAUUUUUUCCAGGCUGCUCAAUCGUCCACAGGGUCAUCGGCUCCAAACUUCCGGGAAAGGAUUUAAUUAUAGGUUUCGACCUCUACACGAAGAAAAAAGGUCUGAGAAUACUUCCACAGGGGUUGGCGUACAAGCAAUACUUCACUCCAUGGGAGCAGGUUCCGAAUUACUUCCACAUGACUGAAGAUUGUCUAACAUCAAUCAAAGAGCGCAUUAUCCAAACAUCAUGUGCUAAUUCUCAUAUGGAGUUCUCAAAUAAAUGCGACCACCCACUAUGGAAAAAUAAGGAAUUCUUCAUUUCUCUCCCAUUUAAGAUGAAUGAAGAUGCAAACCCAACUAAAGCAAGUCAUCCGGGAAUGAACCCCGAUCAUCAAAGCCUGGCAAACAAGGAAUGCGAAGAGCUAAAAGCACAAGGAUUAAUUGAAGAAACUGAAUCUCCAUGGGCCUGCCAUGCCUUCUACGUCAACAACAGAUCAGAACAAGCCCGAGGCAAGCAACGACUAGUAAUAAACUACCAACCGCUCAACCACUUCCUAACAGAUGACAAGUUUCCUCUGCCAAACAGAAAUUCCUUGUUCUCCAGACUAUCACAAGCAAAGGUAUUUUCCAAAUUUGACCUAAAAGCAGGUUUUUGGCAACUAGGAGUCAAAAAAGAGGACAGGCCGAAAACUGCAUUCUGUAUCCCAAACCAUCAUUUCCAAUGGACUGUAAUGCCAUUCGGGCUCAAAACAGCCCCAUCCCUCUUCCAAAAAGCCAUGAGCAAGAUAUACAAGCCCAUCUUAAACCAGUCCCUCAUCUACAUAGACGAUAUCCUCCUUUUUUCACCUGAUAUAAAAUCCCAUACCAAUCUUCUAACCCAAUUUGCUGGUAUCACUGAAAAGUAUGGAAUAAUGUUAUCAGAAAAGAAGAUGGUGUUGGGCCAGCCCAAAAUCGAAUUCCUAGGGAUGAAAUUGCACAAUGGCACUUACGAAGCCCAACCUCACAUAGCCCAGGAACUCCACAAAUUUCCAAAUGAAGGCCUCACAAAGACCCAAGUCCAACAGUUCCUAGGGAUCGUGAACUACCUCAGAGACUUCGUGCCCCACCUGUCAGGUUUCACAAGCCCAUUAACCAAGAUGCUUCAAAAAGAUUCUCCACCUUGGGGAAAAGAACAGACAGAAGCGGUGAAAACCCUCAAAGAUUUAAUGAAAGAUUUACCACCGCUUCAGAUUCCAUCAGACGGAAAAAGAAUCCUGCAGACUGACGCAAGCGACAAGAAUUGGGGGGCGGUCCUAUUAGAGGAAGACACCACCAACAAAAGAAAAGUGUGCGGGUACAAGAGCGGAGCAUUCAAAGAUUCCCAACUCCACUACCACUCUACUCUAAAAGAAAUCUUGGCGGUCAAAAUGGGAAUAAUGAAGUUUGAAUUCCACCUCAUCGGUCAUAAUUUCUUGGUCGAAACAGAUUUCUCAUCCUUUGAAGGAAUGCUCACAUUCAAGCAAAACAAAGCUGUCAAUGCCCAAUUACUCCGAUUAGCCACGUGGUUCUCUCGUUACACCUUUCAAGUCAAGCACAUCAAAGAAAAAUCAAACACCAUUCCAGAUUUCCUUUCAAGGCCAAACCGGAGUACUAUAAAUAUAAUCUCCCCAGAAACUAAUCAACCCAUCCCUCUAGUUUUCAUGGCAAACCCUGCAGCCAUCAUCUCUACAUUUCCAAAAGACGCCCAAAAAUUUAUCAACCACAAAACCCCAAAAUUAAAGGCCAUCCAAAAUGCUUUAGAUAUCCAGUCUACCCUUGUUAGAGGUCAUGGAAAAUCAAUGGCAAAAGACUUAGGCUUCCAUCCAAAGUACCCAUUUGCCAAACUCUUUCACAUGGAGAAUACCAUUUUUAUGCCAAAAAAGAUUACCCACAUGUUCUAG